UAUUCUCUAUUUCAUGAGGGAGUACCACCACGUCGGUUAUGUUAUAGAUGUACGUCCGUUAAAAGGAGAGAUAGUUAGCGACAAGUAUGGGAAACGUUUGACAGAUCUGAUAGGCAGUGAUAAUGCUCUUCCCAAUUGAUGUUAGUCUUAAGUGAAUCAGUUUUGUUCAUUGAUCGUGCCGAGGCUUGGUAUUAUUCUUGCGGUCAGACAGACUGCGAUAGUCAGCAACGAAUCCGAUGAAUUGUUCUCUUUCUUCGACCAGUUAGACUUUUCCACCCUUUGGUGGAAAGUUGAGUGGAUGCGGUAAAAACGGUGGAUAGGAGGGUGGGAGGGAGGUCCGCCGAAAUUUAAUACUGGAAAAUGUAGCAUCAACGUAAAAAAAAAACAAAGCAGAGUAAAAAAAAAGAAGAAGGAAGACGAUUAAGUUGAAUGCGAUUUGUUUGAUUCGUUAAGGAGGUAGGUGGUGGUGGUGGUGGUUGAUGGUCAGGAUGUUGAUCGAGGACGAAAGGAGGAGGAGGAGGAGGUGGAGGAGGAGGAGGAAAAGAGAAGCCACGACGUUGACGACGUUGACGAAAAGGACGCGUGAGAAACCGAGAGAUAGAUGCGGCAACGCAAUAUCAAUUUGUUUCGCGAUUUUCGUGAUCGCUUUGAUGACGGUCAGCGAGCUUGGCGAUGCGAAACAAUUAGACAAACUUAUUUUACAAGAGGGAUGCAGGUUGGAAGGCUUGCAUCCACUUCUCAUCGUUACUUACAAAAAUAUCACCAUAUCGGUAGACAAAAUUACGGUACCUCAUAGGGAACGCGUUAUGGUUAGGUGUCGUGAACUUGGAAAAUACAAGCUCAUCGGUGAUCCAUCCUUACAUUGUCGUAAUGCAACGUGGAAUGGGAAAUUACCGUCUUGCGUGCCUACUACGGCUAUUUCCAAUUACACCGGAGAUCCAGAAGACGUUCCACCGACGAUCGUCUUCGGAUUGCCAGCAGGUUCAGCUGCUAUCGAACCCACUGGUACGCUUGCGGUAUUUCCUGGGAGCAUCCUUCAUUUGGAGUGUCUUUUUGCUAGAAGAUUAGGCAAUCCAGAAUGGACCUGGACGUCGACUUAUCGUCAAUAUUUAACGGGAUGGGCGAUCGCUGCUAAAGAGAGAGAUUGGAAGUAUCGAUUGUCGAUAUAUUACGCAAAAGUUCAGGACUCUGGAGUAUACACGUGUUCAACUCCACGAGGCCUAGGAAAUUCUAUAAAAGUUCACGUAGUUGACGUCCAGUGUCCAGUAAUAAAUUUACCAGAGGGACCGUUGAUCGGUAAAAUCGAGGGUGCACGGAUGGGUCACAGUGCUAAUUUCGAAUGUCCCCUUGGCUAUAGAUUAGAAGGUGCUUCGAUGAUAACGUGUCAGUAUAACGGAAUGUGGUCAGGAGAUAUACCACGUUGCGAGGCAAUAACCUGUCCGGCGAUAGAUCUUCCCAGUGAUACUUGGUUACAACUGCUAGAGCACAACAAUAGUUUUGGCGGCAGGGCUGUUUUCGCUUGUAUGUGGGGUCAUAAAUUAAUGGGAUCUCAGAGCAUCAAGUGCGAAGGGAAUGGCAUGUGGAACGGAACAACGCCUAAUUGUUUCGAGAUAACGUGUCCGUCGCCAUCGUUACCGCGAAGUGGUCGAAUUGUCGAUCAAAUCUUACAAUCUAAUCGUAGAAAACACCAUCGUAAUCGUAUCUAUAAGGUCGGAGCUCUCGUUAAAUUUGCCUGUUUACCGGGUCAUCAAUUGAUAGGGGAAGCUUCUGUAAUUUGCACCGAAAAUGGCACGUGGUCGCAUCAAUCACCAGUUUGUAAAGUAAGAUGCCCGUAUCCUGGUGAUCCUCCGCAUGGGCGAAUUUCACCGUUGAAAUUUUGGUAUACACCUGGCGAUAAUAUACAAGUGACCUGCUCUCCUGGUUACGUCACACCUUUGGAACCUGUCAGAAAGCCUACGUGUCGAGAGAAUGGAAUAUGGAGUGCACCACCACCACCAUGCCGUUCUUACAAAGAUGUUUGAUCGAUAUCCGCGACGUUUGAAAGCAAAAGAAAAGAGAAGUAAAAUACAAAAAGAAAAAAAAAAAGAAAAAAAGGAGGAAGAAAAGUCGACCUGAUUUUCGUACGAAAGUAAUCGCUUAUCCGCAUCGAUCGUAACUCUUUAAUUCAUUCUAAUCGAUGAAAAAAAAACAUUUAGAAUGCGUCCGGUAAUAAUGCGACGCAUUUAAUAAAUAUAAAAUGAGAUGUAUUGUA